CAUCAAAAGCAGCACUCAUAUAUACUUGGUCAUCACUUCUUCCCAUUCUAUCGAUAAGCCAUCAAAGUAAACAAAAACUCCUCCAUCCCUCCUUGUUAUAAAAAGAAAAAGAAAAAGAAAAUGUCACGUCCACAACUCAAGUAUGGGCCUGCGAAAGGCAUGGAGUUUUACAAUAAAAACUCUGUUGUCUUCUUGACAGGCGCCACGGGAUUUGUUGGGAAGACCAUCUUGGAGAAGUUAUUGCGUUCUUUCCCUCAGAUCACAAAGAUUUACUUGCUGGUUAGGGUUUCGGCGGAUAAAACAUUGCAGGGUCGUAUUGAGAAUCUAUUUAGCAACAGUAUCUUUGAUACUUUAAAGUCACAAUUCUCAAGUGGUCAAGAAUUUCAAGAAAUGGUUGUCAACAAGAUCAUUCCUGUGCAGGGAGAUAUUUCUGUCAAUCACCUGGGCCUCUCAGACAAGGAUAUGGCCAUGGUCCAAGAAGAUGCCACAGUUUUCAUCAACAGUGCUGCCUCUGUCGGUUGGUCCGAUCCAUUGGACAUUGCUCUUGAGAUGAAUACAAAUGGCCCUUUCCGCAUAUUCGAUGUAGCCAAGGGCUGCAAAAAUUUGGCUGCCAUCGUUCAUAUCUCGACUAUUUUUGUCAACUCACCCAUGGUUGACCAACACGUUAAUGAAACCAUCUAUCCGCACCCCCUCGGCGAUGAUCCAGAAGCCAUUUAUGAGAUGUUGGCCACCAAGAUGUCCUACGAUGAGAUAAAACACUAUGAGAAAUCUGUUGUCCUCAAGACCUACCCUAAUACAUACACAUUCGCCAAAUCCUUAACAGAACAUUUAAUUAAAAAGCGAUACAAGGAUAUGGCUCUCCCUAUUGUCAUCGUCCGUCCUUCCGGUGUCGGUGCUACUCAUCGGGAACCAGUCCCUGGGUGGGUGGAAGGUGCCAAUGCAAGCAACAAAGUGAUAAUAUCUUGUGCCCUCGGCCAAGUUCAAGAAUGGAUCGGUUGUGAGUCCGUCAUAACAGAUCUAAUUCCUGUCGAUAUUGUGGCUAAAACGGCUUUACUCUCUGCCACAACUGCUGAUCGCACACUCACAGAACCGCCCAUAUACCAAGUUGGCACCAGCUGCAUUAGCCCCCUCACCUGGCGUACCUUUGGUACAAAUAUGGUUGCAUACUGGCGCGCAGCUGAUCCACCACUUCGGCGAGUCUCAGAUGACAUCCGAUUCGAACUUUACUCUCCUUCAGAAUUCAAACAUCGGUUUAAUUCCCGCUUUGGAGAGCAGCUUCGAAUUUUAGCCCAACACAAGGGUCAUGAGAGGAUUAAAGCCCUUAUCUCCAAAGCAGUAGCUGUACCCACGAUCUUCAAAGCCUUUGGUCUGUACCAAUGGUUCUUUGAUGCCACCAAUACAUUGGCCCUCGACGAUGGAGCUCCCGCAGAGCUCAAGAGUGAUCUUCGAGGAGGCAUAGAUUGGAACAAAUAUAUGGAGAAUUACAAUGCGGGAGUGCAAGUGUUUAUUUUGGGUGAGAAGGUGGGCAGACCUAUUGCAAUCAAGCACCUAAACAAAUCGCAUUCGGAAAUGAGCACAAAGAGUGAAAGAAGACCUGAAUCAACAACCACCAUAGAGACUUCAGCCAAACUCUAGAUUUUUAUAAUUUAUUAAUUAGAGAGUAUGAGCACUGAGAACAGAAUAUUAAAAGAUGUUUGAGCUUGACUAUACAAAACUACGGUGAGACGGAG